AUGGAUGUAAAAGAACGCCGGCCUUACUGCUCCUUGACCAAGAGCAGACGAGAAAAGGAACGGCGGUACACGAACUCGUCCGCGGACAAUGAGGAGUGUAGGGUCCCCACUCAGAAGUCUUACAGCUCCAGCGAAACCUUGAAAGCUUUUGACCAUGAUUCCUCGCGGCUGCUUUACGGAAACAGAGUAAAGGAUCUGGUCCACAGAGAAGCGGACGAGUAUCCUAGACAAGGACAGAAUUUUACCCUAAGGCAGUUAGGCGUGUGUGAGUCCGCAACCCGAAGAGGAGUGGCAUUCUGUGCAGAAAUGGGGCUCCCUCACAGAGGUUACUCCAUCAGUGCAGGGUCAGAUGCUGACACGGAAAACGAAGCCGUGAUGUCCCCAGAGCAUGCCAUGAGACUUUGGGGCAGGGGGGUCAAAUCGGGCCGCAGUUCCUGCCUGUCAAGCCGGUCCAACUCAGCCCUCACCCUGACAGACACAGAGCAUGAGAACAAGUCGGACAGUGACAGCGGACUUGGCGAUAAAGGAGUUUGGGAGAAACUACUAGUGGCCUUGCAGGAGGCUGUGCUGUCACCAACCUGUGAUGCCAUGAGUGACAGGGAUGCUCUUGACACACAGGGAAUAGUAUUUGAAUUUUCUGAAAUUAAUUCUAAGGCAGAUGCAGGUUUUCUUGACUAG